AUGCCAGGGGGAAUAAAAUGUGUGAACUGUAUAACGAUGGACAACGUUGAGGAAGGACAAGUGCCUAAAGAAUUUAUUGAAUAUGAUUUUGCAGAAGAUGCCCUAGACUUUGAGAUUCAGUUGGCUGAAGCGCAAGAAGUUAAGUUUAGUCAAACGUUAAUAGAACCUCUCUCAAUUGGAUCUCAUAUCGUGUGUACGGGGACGCCUUCAGAAGAUUUACCAUGGUUUGCUAUAAACAUCGGUUGUGGAGACGCCGAUAAAGGGGGUGGAGAUAUUGCCGUCCAUUUCAAUGUCCGGUUACCCCAGUGUUAUGUUGUUAGAAACACGAGGCGCCAUGAGAAAUGGGGAGCCGAGGAGACUACAGCCUACAGUAAAUUUCCCUUCAAAAUUGACACACUAUUCACAGUAGAGGUGCUCGUAGAUGAGAAAGAAACGUUAUGGGCGGUGAACGGCAUUCAUUACUGUAGCUAUGCGCAUCGAAAUCCCAGUCCCCUUAUUGCCAACUGGGUGCAAGUAACCGGAGUAAGAGAUGCGACACUGAAUGUACAAAAGACUGAAUUGUAUCCGACCCUGGCACCGCCUUUGUUUGAGGUACCACAGAGAGACUGUAUAAAUGGGCCAAUAAAGAAUGGGGAACCCAGUUGGCAUUCGAAUAUUAUAGCGACUUUACCAAUUGGAAUACCUGAAGAACAUCAACUGGUUAUACAUGGAAGACUCCGUCCAAUGCUUCACUCGUUCGCAUUGGACCUAAUGGACAUUGCGCGUGAGUGGCCGCGUCCUAACAUCCUCUUACACGUGAACCUGCGCGCGCACGUUGACUCGCAACUCGAUCGACAAUUGGUCGUUCUCAACGCUUGGCUCGGCGAUUGGGGUGCUGAGAGACGACAACGGACUGCUAGACUUAUACCUGGUUCUAAGUCAACUGUCCGCAUAGUGAGGGGCUCGUGUGAGUGGAUGAUAUAUGCGGAUGAUCUACUAAUCGGGGAAUUCGAGUACCGGGCGUCUCCUGUUGGCGUGACAGCUAUGCGUCUACGUGGCGAUCUAUAUCCGGAUCAAAUUUACAUAGCACCGACAAGUAACUCACCUGUUUACGAAAAACCAACCUCAAUAUAA